AUGAAGCCCGUUCCCAGCUCCGCGUGCGGCUCCGAGAAAUCCAGGCGAGCUGACGGAGCCGUUUGGGGCAAGGCAUUUAACCAGCUGGAUGAAACAACUCAGCGCCGGCUUCGGGAAGAGGAGAAGCAGACGGAGCGCCGACUCUGGGCAGAAGCGGUGGAGCAAGUGGAGUCCGAGUCUCCUCGCCGCGCGUUGUUCAACCUCUUCGAUUUGCUCAACGAUGGGGGGCAGCACACCCAGGGUCAGCAGAUGGCGGCGCAGGAGGCCAAGGCGUUGCAGGAGCAUCACGAGGCCCACGCGAAAGACAAAGACGUGGAUCCCGACUCUUUGCUGGGGAAGCUCAUGAAAAAGGGUGGUGACGUUGACCAGAACGCCGGCGAGGUGAACCCCAACCAGAAUCGUCCGGAGACCUUCAACGAGGACACAGAGGCCAAGAAGGCGGCCAUGGCAGAGCUGCUGAAGAAGGGGGAUCACCUGAGCAAGGAGGCGCGAGAUGGCAGCGGGUCCGGGUAA